GUUUAAUGUUUUGUGAUGUAAUCGUAGGGAACACAAUUGGGAUCGGAAUAAACCGCAAUACUAUAAAUCGCAUUGCUGUCUCCUCGCUGGCCGAACGACAAACAAUCGAUUACCGAUUAACGAUUACAGGAUGGCGCAUAUGUGGCAGAUGGUCGUGAAUCUAAUGGGCUGGAUGAUGGGCCAUCGGCAGGAGCAUGAUCAGGGCCCGGUUAGGAGCGGCCUGUGCGAUGCCAACGACAUUGGGCUGCCAGAGAUCUCGGACAUUGGCACCGUCAUCUCAAUUAACAAGCUCCCUGUGGGACAAUUCAUUGGCGUCAAUCUGAUACCCAGCCAAGCGACAAGGGGCCCAGGGAGCAACCAGCUGGAGCGAAGGAAGCUGCUGUUGGACAAGUGGCGGGACGCCUUAUCGCCGACGCAAGCGGAGGAGGCAGAGUGGCAGGAGAUGAGCAUGCAUGAGGAACACUUCACGGAUGCCCGAGACGUGUAAUUUACAUCCUUUUGCUUGUCGUUUGCAAAAGGAUCAGCUGCUCAAAAGAUGCAAUGCCAAAGAACCACAGCCAGAACCGAGUCUACUGGCAUAUCGCCAAAUUUAUUCCGACUUCUGUUUCUAAAUUUGCAAAUAAAAUGUACCCCAAAUUAAGCAUA